CAUUCACUUUAAUUCAGUUCGUUUUAUUAAAAUCAAGGUUAAGUCAGUCACAUUAAUUUCUAUUGAACAUUUAAAAACAGCGAAUGUAGACCACGUGCUAUAUAUAGAAACAGAAGAAGUUUUGUCAGUAAAGGCCAAGGGGCGGUACUUGAGCCCCGAGAGAUAAAAAAAGGUUGGGCAACUGGAGCAGCGUAUCCCUUACAGAUGACUCGUUGCCAUAUGCCGAACAAACAACGCGAAAGACGUUAUGUUUCAGGUUUGAUAUUCUAGUAUUAUGCAGAUAGACUAUAUAUUUACAAAUACGGUUUGUUGCGUUGGGAUUGUCCUCAGUGCCAGAGAGAACAGGGGACAUGAAGCCAUGAAGGAAAUGUUUGGAAAAUUGAUCAUAUCAUAAUCAUCCACAAGAUUGAAAGUCAUAUCUGAAGAACUAUGGCAUUCCAGAUCCAGUUAUCUGCAGUUCCACUUCAAGUUUCAAUUCCAGAAGUACCCAGAAAAACAGAUCCCCUAAUACAAUGCAUCAUAGACAACAAGUUGGAGAGAUUUCGCAAAUUAAUCCGAGGAAAGGACAUCAAUGGGGUUUACCCUUCUGAAGUCUGGGAAGAUGAUGUCACACUGUUGACAGCAGCUGUUAUAUGCAGGAAUGAAGAAAUCUGCUCAUAUCUUAUUAAAGAAUCUGCUGAUCCUAACAAACUCUCAACAAAUAGACUUGCUCCUCUACACUACGCUGGUUGUACACGUGGAGUUUCACUGAGUAUCGUGAAAAGAUUACUUGCAGCAAAAGCUAACCCUGAUGGACAUGAUAUACAGAUUUUCACUCCAUUGCAGUAUGCUGUUGAUCACAACCGUGAUGACAUUGUGAAAGCACUCCUGGAGACUGGAGCUUCAGCUUCAAGGAAUUAUGGAGGAAAUCCAGUACUUGACAAAAAAAUGGACGACAUGAUUCAUCGACUUUCCUCACAGAAUGAAGAUUUUGAGAAAGUACAGAUAUUUUUCUCUUUCUCUUGUGCUGUUUCUAAAAAACCCCAGACAGAAGUUUUCAGCAUCUAUAAGGCACAUUUCCUUAAAGAGCAUCCUUUUACUCAUACACUUCUGUUUGAGGAGUACUUUAGUGUUAUUGGUGCAGGUGCAGAGCAGUAUCAGCAGAGUGCCAUCAAGUGGUUGAAAGAUACAAAGAGCGCAGACAAAUACAUUGAGGACAUCAUCAAGCGCUUUCCAAGAAUUUCUAGGAUGAAUUAUUUGGCAAUUGUAUUUAAUUGCUUAAAUAAUGUUUUGCGUGUCAGUGAAAGGCUUUCUCCUCAAAUAUUCAAUGACCUUGUGCCAAUUCUAACAAACAGUGUCCAGCCUUUUGGAAAUGCACAGGGCGAAAUAAUCAAUCAAUUGAUACCAACAGCACUUGAUGUCAUGAUGCAAAAAACCUAUAAGCAAAAAUUAAAUAUAAGUCAUUCUGUAUAUGAAAAUGUAUGCAGCGGUCUAAUGCCUCUUACAAAAGCUAAUUCAAGUCAAAUUAGUCUUGUGACCUAUGGAGUGUUUGCUCAGAUAAAUGACUUUGCUCCAGGCAUUGUUGGAAAGUGUGGAUUGUCAUCAGUACCUGAGAGCAUACUUAAUGAUGCAGAAAUAUUGAUGGAUGAAACCAUGAAGGAAAAACUUAAAAAUCUGAACACAUCACUUGGAGAUCCAUCAAGUUUCAGUGCAGUGGAUAGACUAUGUGAGGAAAACGCGGUUUCCCCUUCAAUAAGAAAACAGAAGAAGAAAAAGAAAAAUCUGAAAAAGCUGGAAUCACAAGUAGGAGAGAAGGAAGAUGAAGAGAAGCAAUCAUUUCCUGACACAAUGACAUCCAUCGAGGAGACAAAGUCAAGUGUGCAGCCCUUCACACCGCCUGUUGAGAAUCCUCCAGCAGAAAGAAGUUGGUAUUCAAUCAGUCAACGCUGGAAGGAACGUUUUCAAAAACUUUCUAUAAUUGAUGCUAACCAAACCUAUAAAAUAAAAAACCUUACUCUUGUACUCAGUGAUGAGUUUAAGAUCGCUAAAGGAAGUGAUGGAACAGAAGUUUUUCUUGGUUUGAAGGAUGACAGCACAGAGGUGGCUGUGAAACGAAUGCUUAAGUCCAACUAUCAGGACCUCAAGAAUGAGGAGACAUUUUUACGACUUCCAGAACUUGAUGAUCCUUCUAUUGUGCGCUAUAUAGACUUUGCAGAAGAUGACAACUUUGGAUACCUUAUUCUUCAGCUUUGUGAGUACACACUUGAAGAAUACAUCCAAGAUCACUUACCAGACCAUAGCUCUCAGAGGACUUGUGUUUUGAAAGAGCUUGUGAGGGAAGUGCUCUGCAGUCUACAAGUUCUACACCGCCAACAAACUAAAGUACUUCAUCGGGACAUCAAACCCCAGAACGUUCUGAUCGACAUAAGAGGGAAAGCUAGACUGGCUGAUUUUGGCAUAAGUCGUAGACUGAAACCGAGUGAAACCACUUUACGAACAAGCAUCGCUGGAACUAAAUUCUGGAAGGCAAAAGAAGCAAUCGAUGAAGAAAGUAACAGUGGCUACAAAAGAUGUUCUGACAUUCAGGUUGCUGGGAUGUUAGUGUACUACAUUCUCUCUAGAGGGCAUCAUCCAUUCGGCAAAGGUGCCGCCUGCGAGUACAACAUUCUGCAGGGAAAAUACAAACUGGAGCACCUGGAGGAUGAUGUAGCGAAUGAUCUUGUGGAGUGGAUGAUCAAUGAAGAUCCAGGAAAGAGACCAACUGUGGAGCAGACACUUGCACACCCCUUCUUCUGGAAUGAUGAAAGGAAAGUGGAGUAUGUGAAAAAAUUAGGGAUUCAGAAAGAGGCAGAGAAUUGUCACAAAGUUGAUGAGGAGCUGCUUCGUGCCAUUGAAGAAUGCACAGAGGGGAAAACCUUUUCUGAAUGGAGAAAUAAAUUUGGCCCUGAGCUCAUCCAGAAACUGGAUAAAAAGAAGAAAGCUUAUCCUGAGAAUACACUUGGCCUGCUGCGAUUUGUACGCAACCUGCACGAGCAUUACUCAGAGGAUGCAGCGAACAUCAACCUAAUGGCUUUAUUCCCUGAUCUUUUUGGGAGUGUGUACAAGUUUGCAAAGGAAAGCGGAUGGCACUCCAGGCCGAGUCUGAAAAGGUUCUUGAACUCCGCUCCAUAGAUUUGACUUUAUUUCUGGAUUGAAUAUGAACACUGAUACUGCAUCAUCUAUAUGAAUUGUGUACCUAGAAUGAUAUGAUUUUUGAAAAUGAUCACAGUGAGAACAGUCUCUGACAAUAACUGUCCCAGCUCUCGUGUUUCCUUGGAUAAAUUCAGGGAUAGCGGCUAAAAUCGAUGUAAAUUCUGUUGUGAGAAAACAGUCAGCAUUGUGUACUUGUAUUUGACACUUGGGUGCUUUCUUUCUCUUCGAACACAAGGGAACAGUUUCUGACAGUAACAUUCUCUCUUAAUUCUCUCCCAAGGGAACAGUAUCUGACAGUAACAUUCUCUCUUAAUUCUCUCCCAAAUACACACUACAUAAUGACAUUUUGUAAAGGUAUUUAUAAUGCAAACAGUUUUUUUAGCUAGCCCCUUUUUAAAAGUCAUGAAAUAUGCUUUUUUUGACAAUUUCUUAAAAAUAGCUUUUUACAGUCACAUUAUUGGUGCACAUACUCAUUGAUGUACAAUUCAGCAGACAAUGAGGCAUCUAUGUAUGUAUAUGAAAGCAACAAACAUGACACGUGAGAUAAAUAUAAAAAAGAUCUUUAUUUAGUUGAACUGCAGACCACCUGCCCACCCUUUAUCCCAACCUCACCACUAUUCUCAUCUCCAAAGUCACUACACAUGCAUUUGUGCUACGGGCACACUAUCACAGAGAGUUUUGUAUGCUGCUAGUUACCUCUUUCUGGUCCUAAACUGAUGUGGUUUUCCAAGCGCACGCAGCACAAGGACAUGACGGCUCAGGUCUAACCUUAUUGAUUUAUGGUAAAGCUAAGACAUUUCGUUUCAUUUAUUAUUUGUAUCAUUUUUAAAUUGCAUCAAUUUUGCAGAGUUACAGUUACAUAAAAUAUUAUUUUUUGUACUUAAAGACGCUGCGUUUCAUUGUUUUGUAUUGAGGCUCCAUAAAUGUGCGCUAAACAAGCCUAAAACAUUUAUUUAUUUUUGUUUAAGAAUUUAUAUAUUCACCAUAGGUUGACUAAGUUUAACACUUAAAAAAAUAAGAGAAAAGAUGCUGAGCCUACCUUGUGUUCUUAUUGUAACUCAUUGCCUUUCUGUG